UAAUUUCGCCGGCCAGCAAAAAACUGUUGAUUCGACUGUGGAAAAUAGUGUGCACAAGUGAUAGAAAUUUAUUCGUGAACAGUGCGAUAUUUGAGUAAAACUUUUUGUAAACUAGUAAAAUUGUAAAUAUGUCUGCGUGUGUUAACGAAAGGGUUUUUGUUGACUCUCCACUCGCCUCAAAAGUAGCUCUAUUCAACAAAGUUGCCAACGCGCACAUCCAAGGACAAGCCGUUAACCCGUUCUCCAACGGAAAGCAAGCUGGAAGUCUACCCAGACCUUCGAUCUCAAAAGAAGAAUACGGAAAACCUCCCAAAGGAUCUCAAUCCGAACUCAGGGCAUUUAAAGCGACCAUACACGUCAGCAGGGAAAUGCUGGAGCUUUGCGAUAUCAUUUACCAAUGCGGCGAGCGAUUAUUUCCGCCAGAAGAAAAACCCGACGAUCCCAGAGUCGUCAUCAGUUUCGGGGAAUUGUUUUCGAUCUACACUGGCAUAUCAGAUAAAGUUGUUGGGAUACUAUUAAGAGCUCGGAAGUAUAAGUUAGUCGAUUUCGAAGGAGAGUGUUUAUUCCAAAGACAAGACGAUCAUGUUCCUAUAAUUUUAGUCAAACCCAUCAAAGAAAUCAGGGCUAUAUUGAAGGAGAAAAUCGACAACGCGAUGAAGGCGCUGAAAGAGAGCGGGGAAAAUCUGUUUUGAUUCGUAUUCCUCGCGGACGGGGAUUUUUGGACCACACGAUUAAAAGCUAGUCAACUUUCCAUAUUUUAUUUUCGCUAGAAAAUAUUCGACUAUACAAAUUAGGCUUAAGUUAGAGGAUAAUUUAGAAGUAUACAUAUCAUAUUCGGACGUAUUUUUUUUACAACUAUCGGCAAUGAAAAUAUACAAAUUCUUGGAUUUCAAAACGCAAAUAGAUAC